GACUUCAAGCCCACCACUCGCUCCCGUACUAACCGAUCAGCUCACCGUCCGGUACAAUCAUCCAAAAUGGGUCGUCUUCACAGCAACGGAAAGGGCAUAUCAGCCUCUGCCAUCCCCUACUCCCGCAACCCCCCUGCGUGGUUGAAGACCACCCCCGAGCAGGUUGUCGACCAGAUCUGCAAGCUCGCAAAGAAGGGCGCUACCCCCAGCCAGAUUGGUGAGAUCCUCAGGGACAGCCACGGUGUUGCCCAGGUCAAGGUCGUCACCGGCAACAAGAUCCUCCGUAUCCUCAAGUCGAACGGCCUCAGCCCCGACAUCCCAGAGGACCUCUACAUGCUCAUCAAGAAGGCCGUCGCCGUCCGCAAGCACCUCCAGACCAACCGCAAGGACAAGGACGGAAAGUUCCGUCUCAUUCUCAUCGAGUCCCGUAUCCACCGUCUCUCCCGUUACUACAAGACCGUCGGUGCCCUCCCCCCUACCUGGAGGUACGAGAGCGCCACCGCCUCUACCAUGGUCGCAUAAGCAGAUUCAGGAUUGGCGUGGCUGGUAGUCAUUGUAGAAGACAUUUAAGAGGAGUUUCACGGGCAUGGAUGCUUGCUUUACGGAUACCUAGCAGGAUCACGAUAUGGAAUGAAUCAAAAGCAUCACCUCGAAUUGAAUAUACCCCAUCUGCAUUCGAAGUGGUUACU